UUUUUUUUUUUUUUUUUUUUUUUUUUGUACUUUGUUCUCUUAUGCACGCUAGGAAUAAGCCGGGUUUGGUGCGAAAUACAAAACGCUGCAAUGGCGCCAAUAUCCCUUUCUACGAGCAAACCGGUAUGAUCUCAGUGGUGGCCGAAAUGGGAAAUACUGCACGUGUGCCUUGGUAUGAGAUGGGAUGAUGCUUGCAUUGUGAGAGAGACGAAGACUGCUGCACCUUCCCUGUCAGUCCCUCGACUCCCUUGUAGUCGACUUGGGUAGAAACAAUUGAGCAACAUGCCGAUUGGCUUGUGGAGCCUAUGUUUUCCGUGGCCUGCAGUCUAAAUCAUGUCCCACUGUGGAUCUGGACUGUAGCCUUCGCCCGUCAAUAUCUGAGGUCCUUGCACUAUGAUUCAUAAUGCAAAUUACUGUACCAGUCCGCCCGCGGAGGAAAUGUCUCAACUGCGCCCCGGAGUCCUGAUGAGACACUGUUUAUUUAUGCAUUUGUUGGUAAUCUUUAUUAUUCUUUUCUCUUCCGUCGUCUUCGGGUUCCUCCCAGCAGCGGGUUUUAGGGGUUGCCGGAAUUCACAGAACGACUUUCCCGGAGUUUCACCCCGUGGCAGAUUGAUUGCUGUUGAACUGUUCGGAGUGAACUCCUCCGAGUCUUUUAUAUAUGGAUCUCCCACAUGCACUGUUACACUAUUACGCAUAUAAAUAUCUUUUACGUCGAGAAAGAGGGCGAGAGAGACAGCCAAACGCUGUAUGACCUUGCUUCACCGCGCCGGUUGAUUUGGGAAGGUAGUUAUCGGUGUAGGCUCACUCACGGAUUCCAUACCCAGUGUGGCAGGUCAAGUCCUAACGGCAAGGGAGAGAGGAUGACCUCUUGAUUUGACUGAAUGAUAAUUACGAGUCAAAAGCAAACUUUUAGCGUUCCAUUUCGACCGGACGUUUAGCUUUGAAAAUAGUAGGCGCUAAGGCAGGCAAAGGGACUCCACUCGACCGAGCACAUGCUUGGGCGAGUGGCUGUGAUGGGUUUGCCAGACAGUCUUAGCCUCUUACCCUUGAAUCGGGACGGACCAGGGUGGUAAAAUGGACAAAUCGGGUCACAAAACGUGCGUGGACUAAGACGAUCAUGGGAAUAGACUAAUAUCGGUUAUUAAAGCUAUCUCCUAUCGGGUCGCUUUUUAGUGGUCAAUGCAUAGGAAGGUAAGCGGACCCCGUAAUAACCAUACGUCAAUACGGCCGGGACUAACGUUUUAGCCGGGGAGGCUAGUCUACUUUGAGCUCCGCUCCAGACUCGUGAUGUCGAGGUACAGCUGCAGUAUCUCCCUCUUCUCUCUUUCUCUCUGUACUAUCACCCUGAACUGAAAGGG